AUGACGGAGAAGGCCAAAAGGAGGGUAGUCGAGUGGGAAAUGAGACGGCUGGUGCCAGCCCCUUCCUCAAAUGGCCGUUUGGGAGUUCAUGGCUCUGCCCUCCAGUCAGAGGGGCAGAGGGCCUGGGGGGUGGGGCGUCUCGGAGGUUCCGCCCACCUGACGUCAAGCUACUUUCUCUCUGCGGCGCAUGGUGAACUACACUUCCCAGAAACCUUUCCCCCGCUCGGAGUGGUUACCGGGGAAACUGACACCCACGCAUCGAAAGAGGAGCAUAUGAAAGCGUCUCCUCCCCCCACCCCGCUCCGCCUCCUACUUCGAGGGGCUGUUGUGUCAAAUGAGAUCAUUCAUAAAGUGCAAAGCCGAAUGUGCUGCUUACGCUACCUUGAGCCCCCCACCGAGCCCCCAGAAAUCACCCGCCUGCCUCCCUCCCCCACGCACGGGAGUCCCCCGGUGCCCGAGGGCACCUGUUACCUCGCAGGCAUCCGCAGGGCCCGUACAAGAGUCGAACAGCCCGCACACACUUUGGGGCUUAAGCUGCGUUAUGAGCCUUUUCCCUGCAUUAAUGCAAUAAUCUGCAGUAUUAGCCGUUUCUCCACUUCUUUUAAGUCGACAGUACACCGAGCCCUGAUUGUAGCAUUGGCCCCCACUGAGAAUACAAUUCAUACUGGAGAGAGACCUUAUGGAUGUAAUGAGUGCGGAAAAACCUUCAGCCAAAGGAUUGGACUUACUCAACAUCAGACAGUUCAUACUGGUGAGAAACCAUAUAAAUGUAAUGAAUGUGGGAAUGCCUUCUGCCUGAGAACACAGCUUACUCAACAUAAAAACGUUCAUGCUGUUAAGAAACCUUAUGAAUGUGUGGGCUGGGAGUUCAGGGCAAGGCCAUUGGUGGAUGCCUCCUGGCAUGAUCAGAAGAAUGAGCUGGAACAGCUCAGCCUUGGAUCACCAGCUGGGGAUUGGCACAGAUGCGGCACCCUGACCAAGCAGCAGCUUCUGGCCACAUGCCCUGGUAUAGCAAGCACUGUCCAUGGCGGAGGUGCCGUUCCGAGGGUCCACGUGCAGGGCAGAGAAGGCUCCGUCUUGGCCCGGGCCUCGGCUUCCCCUGAGCGGAGCUCCGCCAGCACCGAUGCAGACCCGGAGGGCUGCGGGGCGUGUCCAGGAGGGGGCGUGGCCUAUCCCGAGGAGGGCGAGGCCACGCGGGACCCCGAGUCCAGAGCCUCCAGCCAGGCUCCCAGCCGCUGUCCCUCGCCCUGCUCUGCUGAGCAUGAGCACACGGUGCCCCCGGCAUGCGCACUACAUUUCCCAGAAGGCGUUGAUUAUACAGUCGGCGGUUACCAAGGAGACCGAGACGAGAAGGGGGCGGACCAGAAGGAGCGUGAGGGAAGGGUCGCUGACGUCACUUCCGCUAGGUCCCCAUCCUCAGCGGCGCUGCCGUCAGCCCCGUUCGUCCGGGCCCUGCCGUUGGGGGCUCCUGAACUCCUGGGUACGCUCGCGACCGCCUCAGCUCCGCUCCGUCCUCAGCCGCCGCCACCGCUGGGGCUCCAGCCCUGCGUCCGCCCCGGGCUGGGCUCUGCCCUCUGUCAACAAAGCCCUCCCUCAAGAGGUAACUACUUUAAAGAGAAGGGAAUGGCCCCUGUCCACUUGACAGCCCAGAUCCACCAGGGAUCCCUGACAUUCAGGGAUGUGGCUGUGGAUUUCACCCUGGAAGAGUGGGGACACCUGGACCCCUUCCAGAAGGAGCUGUACCGGGAUGUGAUGCUGGAGAACUUCAGGAACCUCGUCUGCCUGGGACUUACAGUGUCCAAACCUGAUGUAAUCUACCAGUUGGAGCAAGGAGAAACCCCUUGGAUUCCAGAGGGAGAAAGCCCAAGCAACAGUUUUGCAGGCUGUGCUUCUGACUUUCUGGACCUCAACACCGCACCCCAGCUACAGUCUCUCCCUGAAAUCUCCCUCAGUGCCAAGGGCAUCCUCACCCUGGAAGAUCCAUCUACCCCUAUGACCUUCUCACAGUGGAACAUGCCUUCGCCGUGCCAGCCCCCUGCUCUCAUUGAUUGGGAGACAAGUCAUGAAACCAAGGAGUCACUUCAGGAGCUGGGCAUUUCAGUGGAAGAAACAUCUCAGGAAAAACUCACAAAAGAUGGUUCAUGUUUCUUAAAGUUACAAGAAGCUUGGGAUUGUGUUGGAGGCUUAAAGAGGAGACAGAGCAAUGAGGUGAAACAUUCUCAGCAAGUGAAAAUUUCCCCAAAGAAACGUUCUAAUAAGUUGAGAUGGCAUGAAUAUAAUUAUUGCAAAAAUUUCCGCAUAGGGCCAGUAGGUUUUCCACAGUCGAGAGUAGGAAAGAGUCCCGAUACUUGUUGUACACAAGGAAAGAGCUUCAGAGUCUGCUCAGACUUAAGGAUACGUAAUACAGUGUGUCCAGAUAAGAUGUUUUGUAAGCUUGAUGAAGGUGAAGAGAAGCUUUGUGAAUAUAAUGAAUAUUGGGAGACCUUUAGGAACAGAUCAGAACUUACUCAAUAUCAGGCAGUACGUCCUGGAGAAAAAUCUUACAAAUGCAGUGAGUGUGAGAAGGCCUUCAGGUACAGAUCAGAGCUUUCUCAACACCAGACAAUUCAUACUGGUGAAAAACCUUAUGAAUGUAAUGUGUGUGGGAAGGCCUUCCGCCUGAAAGCACAGCUGAAGCAGCAUCAGAAAAUUCAUACUGGUGAAAGACCUUUUAAAUGUGAUGAAUGUGGAAAAGCCUUCAUACAAAGCCAAAAUCUUAAACAACAUUAUAGAAUCCACACUGGAGAGAAACCUUUUGAAUGUAAUGAAUGUGGAAAGGCCUUCACCCAGAGGAUAGGACUUAUUCAACAUCAGAGAAUACAUAGUGGUGAGAAACCUUAUGAAUGUAAUCAAUGUGGGAAGGCUUUCCGCCUGAGAGGAAAACUCAGCCAACAUCAAACAAUUCAUACUGGUGAAAAACCUUUUAAAUGUGAAGAAUGUGGGAAGGCUUUCAUACAAAGCCAAAAUCUUAAACAACAUUACAGAACUCAUACCGGAGAGAAACCUUAUGAAUGCAAUCAAUGUGAGAAAACCUUCAGCCGGAGAAUAGGGCUUUAUCAGCAUCAGAAAAUUCAUGGUAGUGAGGCAUGUUAUAAAUGUAAUGAAUGUGGAAAGACUUUCAGGUACUUGACAGAACUUACUUAUCAUCAGAAAAGUCAUGCUGAAAAGAAACCUUAUGAAUAUAAUGAAUGUGGACAGGCCAUCAGUGAAAGAAAACAGUUUAUUUCACACUAUCCAAUUCAUAAUGGAGAUAAGCCUUAUGAAUGUAAUGAAUGUGGAAAGGCCUUUGGCCAGAAGAAGGAACUUAAUCGACAUUAUACAAUUCAUACUGGAGAGAAACCAUAUGAAUGUAACGAAUGUGGAAAGGCCUUCCGCCAAAGAAUGGGGCUCACUCGACAUCAGACAAUUCAUACAGGUGAGAAGCCUUAUGAAUGUAAUGAAUGUGGGAAGGCAUUCAGUCAGAAGAUAGGGCUUAGUCGACAUCAGACAGUUCAUACUGGUGAGAAACCUUAUAAAUGUGGUGAAUGUGGGAAAGCUUUCCGCCUGAGUGCAUUGCUUACUGCUCAUAAGAAUAUUCAUACUGGUGAGAAACCUUAUGAAUGUAAUGAAUGUGGGAAAGCUUUCCGACUGAGAGCAUUACUUACUACACAUAAGAAUAUUCAUACUGGUGAGAAACCUUAUGAAUGUAAUGAAUGUGGGAAAUUCUUUCGCUUGAGAGCACUGCUUACUGCACAUAAAAAUAUUCAUACUGGGGAGAAACCAUUUGAGUGUAAUGAAUGUGGAAAGGCCUUCCGUCAGAAGACAGGACUAACACAACAUCAGACAAUUCACACUGGAGAAAAACCCUAUGAAUGUCAUGGAUGUGGAAAGGCCUUCCGCCAGAGAAUAGGACUUACUCAACAUCAGACCAUUCAUACUGGUGAAAAGCCUUAUGGAUGUAAUGAAUGUGGGAAGGCCUUUCGAUUGAGAGCAGAGCUUACUCAACAUCAGACAAUUCAUACUGGUGAGAAACCUUUUGAAUGUAAUGAGUGUGGGAAGACAUUCCGCCAGAAGGCAGGACUUACUCAACAUCAGAGAAUUCAUACUGGAGAGAAACCAUAUAAAUGUAGUGAAUGUGGAAAGGCCUUCAGCAGGCGGGUAGCACUUACACAACAUCAGACAGUUCAUACUGGUGAAAAACCUUAUGAAUGUAAUGAAUGUGGGAAGGCCUUCAGCCAGAGGAUAGCCCUGUCUAAACAUCAGACAAUUCAUACUGGUGAGAAACCUUACGAAUGUAGUGCAUGUGGGAAGUCCUUCCGCCUAAGAGCGCAGCUUACUCAACAUCAGAGAAUUCAUGCUGGUGACUGCUGGACAUCUAAUUCGAGACAUCUGAAAUGCAGUUGGAGAUGCGAGAUUGGAGGAAGAAUGUUGGAUUUGGAAACGAUCAUCAUAGGGAUGAUAAUUAAAGCCACAGGAGCUGAUAACGGCGGUUGUCCUUGGUGCUUAAGGAGGACCGAAAUGGCGUCACUCCAUUGGGGUCAAGGUACAGUAUCAUCCAAUUGUGACUGCUCAGACGUGGAAGGCUUUACCACAGAUCAGGCACACAGUCCGUAUGAACAUUUGGGAUGGAGCUCAGAUGUCCGGGGGGAUGCCAAGCCCCACUGCUGCUUCAGUCCAGUGCAUAGAUGGCCCUCUAGCCUGAGCCGCCUGCUGCACACCUACAGCUCCCGGUGCAUCGGCACCUGCUGCUUCAUCCCUCGUCUGUCAGCACAGGACUUUGAGAAUUUCUGCUGUGAGGAGAAAAGGGCAGCACCUUCACCCUAUUUUGUGGAGAGCCCAGGGAGGAAGAGUUACUUGCCACAUGUUGAGUUGAAGAGGAAAAAAAAGAAGACAGAGAUCAAGAUUAAACCCUCUCACUCUCCCCUACUAAUUGAGAAGCUCCACCUAGGACAGCUAUUCUUCAAGUGGAAGGUAUCUUGAGGAGUAGAGAAUGACCCCUGUACUUCUGACAGCCAGCCACCUCCAG